UUUUUCUGCGAGAACUUGAAGGACAGCGUGAACAGCUACACGUUGGAGGUGUCGUUCUACGGCUAUCAGCUGGAGGGAUCGUCGACCAUCAUCCCGUACAGCGAAGAAGGCUAUAUGCGGCUGGGACGGAACGUGGUCCGGGCCUUCCUCGAAUACUACAAGUUCAUGGGGAUCAUCGGGGGUGGAGGCGGGAGCGGAGGAGGGAGUGGUGGCGGGGGUGGCGGGGGUGGAGGAGGCGGGGGUGGAGGCGGGGACAAGGUCAAGACCGCGGGGGGUCACGAGUCCACGGGGAUCAAGGUCACGAGGCCCUUGAAGAAACAGGACACCAUCAGCGCCGCUGCUCAACGGGUCUCCGCCUCGCACGCUCACAAUAGGAACAUGCGCGGGAACGCGAAGAAUCGCGGGGCGUCGACGAAGUGGGGUCAGGGGGAGUCCUGGAGGUCCCCCGGGCCCCGGAAGCGACACGAGCCUCCCCCGUGCCCCGUCCCCCGCGCCCCGACCCCCGUCUCCGCCUCGGACACGGACGCGGACGCGGAAGACAGCGACCCCGACGGCGACGACUCCUGCGAACCGGAGGACGACGCCGACCCGGGCCCGCCGUCUCCCCAAAGCUCGGCCGCGACGAAGAAGGCGCCGACGACGACGCCGACCGCGAUCGAGGUGAACCGAGGCCAAUCCGCGUGCUCCCUGCAGACCCUGGCCUUCAAGGGCGAGGCCGAGCAAUGGCGCCGAUACUACAGCGAGCCCUGCGCGACGCCGCAGGCGUUCAAGGACGCCUCGAUCCCCCGCGGCCUGAUCCGGCACCAGUGCCACGUCGGGAUCUCGCCGGAGGCGUACGCCCUCGCGCAGGCGCAGGCGCAGCUCCGGGAUCCCCGGACCCUCAAGAUCGUGGACGUCAACAAGAUGACUCGGGGAGGGCUGGAGGCUUGCAAGACCUUCAAGUGACGCGAUG